AUGUUUCGUAACAAGUAUCAGCAUGGACUUCUGUCUAUCUUGUACAGCUGCGGAUCGUCCCCGUUGCAGUUAUGGGAUAUGCACGUGAGUUUGUCUCCUGUAUGAAAGUUCGUUAAAAUUUUUAUUUGUAGUCGUCAAGUUUUUUCCAUGCUGUUUGCUUCCUUGCAUUAUAUUUUUGUUAAACUACUGGAAUUCAUUUUUCUAUAUCUGACUUGUUUUCCUUAGUAAUGAAAGGGGGAAAAAAAUAACUUCAUUUUGUUAAAUUAUUGAAUGUCAUUUCUUUGUUUAAUCUAUGUUCUGUAGAUAAAGAAGACGUUAAGACAUUGUAUAUUAAAUUGAGAACUAUUUUCUCUGUUUCGUUCAGUAAUAAGAAAAAAAAAGUACACUGAUAAAAUAAUACUUUCACGAUCUCGAAAUAUAUACUUGAAUUAAACAUCACGUAAUUUCUGUAUAUAUUUUUAAAUUCAUUUCAAACGUUCCUAUACAAAUGUUCGAGUAGUUUCGUGAGGAACCGCACUUGCACGAAAUAUCUCGAAAAUUGUUACAUACGAUCGUAAUAAUCGGAUAAUCACACUGGAAACGAAAUCAGGUAAAGAACGGUUACAUUCGAAGAAUAACAGACGACGAGGUGAAGUCCCUGGCUCUGGAAAUAGCCGGUACCAACGUCACGACAACGUACAUCUUCUGCCCACGUGCUCCCCAGAAAGCCCUCGGCAUUAAACUUCCAUUUCUCAUCAUGAUUAUCAAGAACAUGAAGAAGUACUUCACGUUCGAGAUAACAAUACUCGACGACAAGGAUAUGCACAGAAGGUUUCGAGUGAGCAACUUUCAAAGCACCACUCGAGUUCGACCGUUCUGCACGUCAAUGCCGUUCGGCCUGUGCUGCGGUUGGAAUCAGAUUCAAUUUAAUCUGGCGGAUUUCACGCGGAGAGCGUAUGGAACAAAUUAUAUCGAGACUACGCGCAUCCAAAUCCAUGCAAACUGCAGGAUUCGACGUAUCUAUUUCGCGGACAGACUCUAUGCGGAAAAUGAAUUGCCCGAAGAAUUUAAACUCUUCAAGCCACUUCAGCGAGCGAAAUGCGUGCGAGAGGAGGACGUGGUGAAAGAAAAGAAAAAACCGGAAGAAAUUGAAACGGAGGAGCCACCCUUCGAAGCAGCUGAAGUGGUAGAACCAGUAGAGGAAGAGGUAGAGGAAGAACCAGCAGAAGAUGAAUUGAUCGAAGAGGAGGCUGUUCCCGUGGAAGAUGUGCGAAGACCGGAUGAAAUCCGAGAGGAAGUCGAAGACGAGGAAGAAGAAGAAGAGGAAGUAGAGGAAGAAGAGGAUGAAGUGGAGCCUGCAGAUAUAACCGAUUACGAAGAUGAAGACGAAGUUGAUGAACCUGGAGUUGUUCCGGUAACUCCUGGAUACGUCACGGAAGACGAAACCGAUAUAGAACGAGAUCAAGGCGACGAAGACGAAGAAUAUGGAGUCCCAUAG